AUGCCCAUAGCGAAACCACACUUGGAGAGAGUACAAGUCGUCUUAGAGCCAUAUACCAAAAACGCAAGGCAUGGCUUUAAAAAGUUGGCUGAGUCCACCAAAGUCUACCAUCAGCAUGUAUGUAUAGACUAUGAUUCCUGUUAUCUUUUUGAAUUCAAUAUUAAUAAGCUCGCUCUGUUGAAAACCAAGGCUCAAGCAAUGCUGAAGAACAAUGAGAUCACCAAACCGGUUGCUACCAUGGAUUUAGCUUGGGUUAGGAGCCCUUUUUGCACUUCCAACAGGCCACAGUUUUGA